UCGAAACGACAGCUAAAAGUUCUGCGUUGUUAGUGCAAACGCGACGUUCCAAGCAGAAAGACGACAACGAUAACGACGGCAAAAAGACAAAAAGACAAAAAAUAAAUAAAUAAAGAAAACCAAUUCCAAAUUUUGUAUUUGAAAAAUGAAGUUCGCUGUUGGGUUUUUUCCUGUGCUCCUCCUGGCUGUGUUUCCACUUGCCACACCGUUGCCCAUGACCAACGAUGCAGAUUUGGUAUCUUUAAGCUCCACCAACAAGGAAUCGCAUGAAUUGCCCCACAUGGUAAUUGCACCCAGAAAACUGGAGGAGGAACAGGUUGAGGAGCGUCCUGGACUGUUUGACACCAUUGUGGAGCAGUUACAUGCAGCUGGUGUACAAACCGCUGACAAGCGGCAACUGCAGACACUCAGCUACAAGGAAUUGACACGGCUGUUAGCCUUGUGGCAUUUGACGCAAAGAAGCACCUACUACGAUGCCAGUGAGAGUCGUGCACCGUCCGCAUUUGAUGACAACAUCGCGCACUAGGAAACCACCAAAGAAACAGCUCGACUGUCUAUACAGAAAACCUCCCCUCCAGGAUGUGUGCCUGUGAUGAACUUCAAAAACUCAUUCUGUAUACAUUUUUGUAUGUCGAUUAUAUUAUAAAUUGGUUGCUAAGUAAAUUAAGUUUUUUUUUGUGUGUAAUGUGAAAAGCAAUAACAAUAAAAGCAAUAAAACUAUUUUCUACCCAAAAAAAAUUUCCUUUCAUGAUUCGAACUCUUCCUAAACGAUUUACAUAAAAAAUUUA